CACAAGUCCGGUAACCUGCAUAUUUAGCAUCAACACAAACAGAGAAAGUACCAGUUACACUUGCAAAUCAAGACAUAUAAAGGACUAGACAGACUGUAAAUUCAAGGUUCUUUAUGCGUCGCUAAGCCGUACCCUAGAUAUUUUUUUUUUUUGCAGGACUAAUGCUCCGUCGGUAAACUUGUAAAUUUCUACUUUCGGUUUGUUCGUUUCAGGAAAGAAACGCAGAAUGAGCGGAACUAAGGAAAUGAAGGAAGAAGGAGAGUUUCAAGUUCAUGUCCUGUUUAUUGAGAAUCCACAUGUGAAACCCAUUCCUGAGUUUCUGGUGAAUUGUAAACGCUAUAGUAAGGAACUGAGCUUGGACCAAGAUUUGGAGGAAGCAGAGAAGGAAUACCGGGUUCUUCUGCAGAAAGCCAAGAGGCCCGAGUACUCGAAAACUAGACCUCAUUACGAAAGAAAUCUUUUUGACAUCGAGAGAAGAAGUCAGGCACCAACCCUCUACGAUGUUUUAAAUAUUGUCUCCAAAAGAUGUCCUUAUACCAAGUGGAAAAAAGCCAUGGCGGAAUUUAUUGGUUUGACACCUAUCCAGACGGAGCCAAAGAAAAAG